AAUUGAUCACGUGACUCAACUAAGCAACAAACCGUGGUCGUAUAAACACAUUCUGCUCUGUUUCAGCUCAGAUUUAGCCUCUGAAAUUUUGAAUAUCAAGAAGAGACAGUGUUUCCAAGAUGCCUGCCAAGAAAGAGGCAGUUGCUCUACAGAGGGCGGUGACUAACCAGGAGCAAUGGGAUGAUCUCAUGGUUGGUGAAGGUCUAUUUGUUAUUGACGUGUACCAGCGAUGGUGUGGUCCCUGCACUGCCGUCGUCAGCCUCUUCAAACGCCUGAAGAAUGAAAUUGGAGAUGACUUGCUCAAGUUUGUUAUUGCCGAAGCUGACAGCAUCGAGAAUCUGGAGAAGUACCGUGGUCACUGCGAGCCAUGCUUUUUGUUCUACGGCAGCGGUCAGCUUGUGGACGUGGUCCGAGGGGCCAAUGGACCGGGUCUCAACAAGUCUAUCACUUCCCAGCUGGCCGCUGAGCACAGAGUCUUGGAAGAGGGUGCUGAACGCAAAGUGAUCAAAGAUCCACUGAUGGCUGCCAUGGAGGCUAAGGAACAGGCAGCGGCCGAGGCGGAUGCUGCAGAGCAACGCAAACUGGACGAAGAGGCUCAGAUAGGGGGAAUACUCUGUGGGGAGGAGAAAUGUGAGGAUGUCUCCAUUAGGCCAGUCAGUGAGAACACCCUCCAGCUAAUGGUUACUGGUGUACAGGGACAGAUCAGUAGGGCUAGAACAGAACCUGUGCCCAAGCAAGUUACUGUUGUCUUGGUAAAACCAGACGCUGUCAGAGAAGGAAAGGUGGAAGAAAUUAUCCAAAAGUUGUUAGAAAAUGGCCUGGAGGUGUUGGCUCAAGAAGAGAAGACAUUAUCAGUGGAAGAGGCGAGGGACUUCUACAAGGAACACGAAGAAGAGGAGCACUUUGAUUCACUCGUGCAGUUCAUGUCAAGCGGGCCAAGUCACAUCCUUGUGUUAACCAAAGGUGACACUGGUGAAGGGGUGGUACAUGAAGUACGUGCUCUGAUUGGACCAAAGGAUGUACAGGUUGCCAAAGAAGAAGCUCCAGAAAGUUUGCGUGCUCUGUACGGAACGGACACAACAAUGAAUGCUCUUCAUGGAGCAGACUCUGGAGAACGUGCAGCAAGAGAGUUAUCAUUUUUCUUCCCCAACUUUGCCGUUCCCAUCGUGCCUGGUACGGGACCACCUCCCCAAGUCCAGAAAACUCUGGCCCUCAUCAGACCAGAUGCUCUCAAGGAACACAAAGAUGCCAUCUUUGAGAAGAUCAAAGCCUCAGGUUUUGAGGUCUGCCUCCAGAAGGAGAUCCAGCUGUCAGCGGAGCAGGCCAAGGAGUUCUACAAACAGCAAGCAGGACAGCCUCACUUUGAGGAGCUCAUCAGUCACAUGACAUCGGGUCCUGUUCUGGCUCUGGGUCUAGCCAAGGAGGAAGCAAUCCAGAAUUGGAGAAAUAUGCUGGGACCCAAGGAGGUAGAGGUAGCGAAGCAGGAGGCUCCCGAUAGUUUGCGUGCUCAGUUCAGCCUUCCUGAUGCCACAAUCAACUGUGUUCACGGCAGCGAUUCGGCAGAGUCAGCCCAGAAAGAACUCAAUUACUUCUUCCCGACAGAGCACACGUUAGCCAUCAUCAAACCUGACGCUGCAGUCGAACACAAAGAUGCCAUCAUUGAGAAGAUUCAUGAAGCUGGCUUCAACAUCGCCUGUCAGAAGAACGUGGAGCUGGACAGGGAGCUAGCCGAGCAACUCUACAAGGAGCACGAAGGCAAAGAGUUCUUUGACAGUCUGCUGGAUCACAUGACAAGUGGCCCCUCAAUGAUCAUGGUGUUAUCGCGAGAGGACGCGGUAGAAGGCUGGCGUACCGUCAUGGGUCCCACCGACCCAGAGCUAGCUAAGGAGCAGGCCCCGGAGUCCCUACGGGCCCUGCUAGGCAAGGAUGUGCUUCAAAACGCCAUCCAUGGCAGCUCCAAUCAGGAGCAUGCUAAGGAGAAGAUACAGAGGUUCUUCCCGGAGGUUGAGAUUGGAACAGACGGUUCCAUCGCAGACAUGGAUGUGGACAUGGCUGACACUGUUCCCGACGAUACGACACAAGACCAAGAUGAAAUGAAUAAAACUUCCGAUGAACAGGAGGAUGAGAAAGCUGCAGAUGAAGGUGGUGAAGGACAGGAAGAGGCAGCAGAAUCAGCGGCAACAGAGGACACCCCACAGGAAGGUCAAGAACCCCAGGGUGGGGAAGAUGAGCAAGCCCCAGGGGAAGGGGAGGGUGAACAAACUGAGGGCGGGGAAACAGAUGCACCCCCUGUCCCAGAGGGGGAGGCGGUGGGGGAGGGCGAAAGGGAGGGUGGGGAAGAGAAAGACAGUGCACAGGUUGAAGAGGGUGGUGAAGAAAAACCUUCAGUGGAGGAAAGUAAGGAUGAACAAACAGCUGAUGAAACAGCCAAUCAGGCGGAGGGACAGGAAGCACAACCAACCGAAGAAAUCCAGGAAGAAACACCGCCAGAUGGUGAACAGACAGAGGCGACAGAACCCACGGCAGAUGGGGGUGGGGAACCCCAGACACAGGAGGAACCAGCAACCGAACCUGUACCAGAGGAGGGUCAACAACAAGAGGAACAGCCUGAGGCUGAUCAAGCAGUUGGUGAAGCUACUGAAGGGGAUAAGACUGAAGAGCCAGCAACAGAACAGGCACCAGCGACAGAAGACGCACCCACCGCGGAAGACACACCUGCUGCGGAGGACACGCCCACUGCGGAUGACACACCUGCUGCGGAUGAUACACCCGCUGCGGAUGACACACCCGCUGCGGAUGACACACCCGCUGCGGAUGACACACCCGCUGCGGAUGACACACCCGCUGCGGAUGACACACCCGCUGCGGAUGACACACCCGCUGCAGAUGACACACCCACUGUAGAGGAGCAACAGGCAGCCGAAGAGAAACCGGCCGAGGAGCCAUCUGAAGAGGCGCAGCAAGAAGCUGAUGAAAAACCAAACGAAGAAGCGGCAGCGGAACAAGAAGCUGCUCCCACAGAGGGAGAACAAAAAGAGGAACAGCCUCCAGAGGGUGGAGAUGAACAGAAGGAAGAGCCUGCAGCAGAGGGUGGAGAGGAACAAAAGGAAGAGCCAGCAGCAGAGGGAGGGGAAGAAAAGAAGGAAGAGCCAGCAGAAGCAUAAUUUCAUUUGGGACAAAAUAAAAACUUGAGGGACAUUGGGAUAGUGACUUGAACUAUUUUUUGGAGUCAAAAAUAUUCUAGUCACCUUUCAUUCAUGACAACUUCCGUCCAUAAAAUGUUGUCUUUAAUUUGAAACAAGUAGAGGGGUUAUGUUAGCUCUAUUUUCCAAAUCUACAACUAGUGUUUCCGAUAUAUAAUCACCACAUGAGAUUGUAGAUCACAGGCAGAAGAUGAAAGAAGUUGUCCAUAUUUCCUUGUAAAAAUGAGUGGUAUUAAAACUUCUGUUUACAGCUAUAGUUUGUCUUGAAUUUAAUAUCUACACAACAUUGACUGGGCCCAAUUCGAUGGCUCUGCUAACCACAGAAUUCUGCACAGCAGACACCAUUUUGUGCUAAUAGCAGUAUCGGAAAAAAAUAUGCUCUAAUCCUGUAAUUGGAAUCAUUAAGAACGCAUGCGCAGAAGUCAAAAUUCCUCGCUUACCCAUGAAAUAUGCUUACCAUAAGCUACUGCUACAGUAAGCAGGGAUUUUUCGCAAAUGGUAAGAAGAGCCAUAAAAUUGGGCCCUGGUUUAUCAGAUCAGACUCAUAACAAAUGUGCAUUGUACAAAUGUUACGUUGAUUUGACAAUGUUUAUUUUGUUUUCUGUUUUCAAAUGGAAUAUGUAAAUAUUGAACAAUUAUCUUCUUUUUUUCCUUUUUUUUACCAUGUUUACAGGUGCUCUUUUUUUUUUUACAUCUUCACAGGUGUUUGAAUAUAAUAUACAUGUACAUGUAACUUCAACACUCAAAACAUUUUAUAAAAACUUUAUAAGAUGGGAUUUACGCAGGGGAGAUGUAAAUUUUAUAAUGGGUUUUUCCUUAUUAAAUUAACAAGAUUUGCUUUUACAAAAGUAAUAGUAUUACUUGUGAAUGACAUACUAAAGAAAAUGUUCCGUCCACAGAAGUUUGAAUUGUGCCUUAAUACCUUUUUGUUGCUUGAAAAUGUUUAAAUAUU